AUGGCCCUGCGGAACAUCGCGCUUUUGGGCGGCCGGACCCGUGGCGUUUUGGCGAAGCGAGGAGCCGCUCACUUCAACUUCCAGCCCACCGAAGCCCCCAAGGAAUAUGGCGAAGAAAGGACGAAAAUGAACCUGUGCCAGGCUGUGAACAACGCGAUGGAUAUCGCCAUGGCCACCGAUCCUUCGGCUAUACUUUUUGGCGAAGACGUCGCCUUCGGAGGUGUCUUCCGCUGCUCAUUGGGUCUAAAAGAUAAAUACGGAUCUGACCGCGUCUUCAACACGCCCCUCUGCGAGCAGGGCAUUGCCGGCUUUGGGAUCGGUGUCGCUGUCGCGGGAAGCACGGCCAUUGCAGAGAUUCAAUUUGGCGACUACAUUUUCCCAGCUUACGAUCAGCUCGUCAACGAAGCGGCAAAGUACCGCUACCGCAGCGGUGGCCUCUUCGAAUGCGGCAAGCUGACCGUUCGAGCUACCUGGGGCGCUGUGGGCCACGGAGCACUCUACCACUCACAAAGUCCCGAAGCCAAUUUCACGCACACACCUGGGAUCAAGGUUGUCGUCCCUCGAGGCCCGACCCAGGCCAAGGGACUCUUGCUUUCCUGCAUUCGCGACGACAACCCGGCCAUCUUUUUCGAGCCCAAGAUCCUCUACCGUCUGGCGGCCGAAGAAGUCCCAACGGGCGACUUCAUGAUUCCCCUCUCAAAAGCGGAAACGGUUCGGUCAGGAAAAGACGUGACAAUCGUUUCUUGGGGCACCCAGGUGCACGUUUGCUUGGAAGCUGCCCAGUUGGCACAGGAAAAGUUGGGCGUAUCGGUCGAGGUUAUCGAUCUGCAAACGAUCCAGCCAUGGGAUGAGGAGCACAUCGUCCAGAGCGUCAAGAAGACGGGCCGUUUGAUCGUCUCCCACGAGGCUCCCAAGACCAGUGGAUUUGGUGCCGAGAUCGCGGCGGCGAUUCAGGAACGUUGCUUCCUGCACCUCGAAUCACCGGUGGCCAGGUCAUGCGGUUGGGACACGCCGUUCCCCCACGUCUACGAGCCCUUCUACCUGCCGACCGUCUGGAGGGUGUUCGACUCGAUCAAGAAGACUGUCAACUUC